AUGGCCAAGCCGGUAGGUCCCGUACAGCCUAAGGCCGGUUUAUCCUUAACCCCCCUGCUGAGGCGGAAUAAAAGAGGCCGGCGAAGGAGAAAGAGGCGGCAGCUGCUAACAUCGUGCGCCGUCUUCAUUCACCAGCUCGUAGGGAAGAUGCGCCCGUCCGCCAGAGUAGCUUCAAAGGCGAUAGCGCUGAUUGACGAGUUGAUUACCGACAUUUUUAGUCAGGUCCAGACCGAAGCCGCACGGCUGGUGCGUUACAGGGGGGCGCCUCUGACCGAGGGGGAGAUCCGCCGCGCUGUCCCGUUUCUGCUACCGAGGGACGUGGCCAAGUUCAUCCAACCGAAGGACGUUAUGAGCGGGCAUUUUAAACAACCCCGCUAA